AUGCCUCCUAAGCGAACUCAAGCAACAGCUGUCGAUGGCGAGCGCGUAUCGAAGCGUAUCAAAACAGUCGUCGCUGCCAAACAAGAGGCUGAGAAAGCGCCAGCCAAGGCAAGCCUGAAAGCACCAGGUACCAAGAAACCCACAGCUGCGCAGGCCGCCAAAAAGGCCACGGCUGCAAAGGAGAAGGAGAAAGCCAAGAAAGCUGUGGCCCCCAAGAAAGCCGUCGCAAAGAAGGCAGCUCCGCGUCCCAAGAAAGCCGCUUCUGUAGCUCCCUCUGCUUCAGAUGAGGAAUCAAAACCAAAAGGUGACUAUGAUGUUCCUAGCCUAAGUAGUUUGAAAGACCUUCCGAUCAUCAACGACCCACGCUACACGAGAAUACUCGAUGUCUUCGUAUGCGGCGAGGGCGCGAAUGGCGAACUGGGCCUCGGUGACGCGAAGGGCCAAAUGGACGUGAAGCGCCCACGCCUUAACAAAUUCCUUCACGAUAAACAAGUCGUUCGCGUCGCCAACGGCGGCAUGCAUGUCCUUGCGCUUACCCUCGACAACAAGAUUCUCAGUUGGGGUGUUAACGAUGAGGGCGCCUUGGGUCGCAAUACCAAAUGGGACGCGCCGACCAAGGACAUGGACGCUGCGGAGGACUCCGACUCCGAUGACGACAGUACUACAGGCUUGAACCCUCUCGAAUCAACUCCAAUGGAAAUUCCAUCAGACCGCUUCCAUCCAGGCGUUAAAUUUGUCGAUAUCAUUGCUGGUGACAGUUGCUCAUUUGCUCUCACCAAUCAAGGUCGCGUUUAUGGCUGGGGUACUUUCAAGAGCAACGAAGGCACCCUCGGUCUGACCCCUUCUGUACGUGUCGCGCGUCAACCAGUCCUUCUAGACAGCUUGAAGAACAUUACCAAAUUUGCGUGUGGCGCAAACCACGUCUUGGCUUUGGACAAGAAAGGCGUCGUCUAUGGCUUCGGUGCUGGACAGCAACAUCAGCUAGCCCGUACUAUUAUCAAACGAAGUGAGCUCAACGCUACUGUACCAACUCACAUCAGUAUCAAAGACGGGCGUAGAGUCAUCAAGAUCAAGGAUGUCUCGUGCGGCACCCAUAACAGCUUCGCUAUCGGCGAAAACAACCACGUCUACAGCUGGGGACUCAACAAUUACGCCCAGUGCGGUAUCUCGGAUGAUCUUGGAGAUGACGAAGGUUCCAUUGUCAAGACACCUACAUGGAUUGAGAGUCUCAAGGAGGUCAGCAGCGUUGAAGGAGGCAAUUCACACUCGAUUGCUGUUGCUAAGGAUGGUGACAUCCUCGUGUGGGGUCGUUGCGACGGCUCGCAAUUGGGUAUCGAUCUGAGCAAGGUGCGAGAAGACCAUAUUGUAUUCUCGGUUCCUCAAGCAGGUGCUCUCGUCCAGAAGCGCUCUCCAAAAGUUGUGAAAGUUCCAACAAAGGUCACUGGUGUGGAAGGAAAGGGACAGUUUGCAACUGCUGGUCCCGACCAUUGCAUCGCAAUCAAUAAAGCCGGCAAAGCUUAUUCGUGGGGCUUCAGCGUUGCCUACCAGACCGGCCAAGGCACUACAGACGAUAUCCCAGUUGCUACACUCAUCGACAACACUGCAACUCGCGACCGAAAGCUCAUGUGGGCCGGUGCUGGAGGACAGUACUCUGCCUUUGCUGCCUAUCAAGACGAGGCACUCAGGGUCAAUGGCACUUCCUGA